AACUGUUCACGUAAACUCAAGUAACCCUUUAUGAAGAGAGAGUCCGAUUCACAAUGGGUUAACGCUCUGAAUGUAGGGUCACUUAAAAGGAUUGAUUCAGAACUCAAGUGUGUUCUCUGCUAAAAACAAAAAAUGGGGAAAGGAGAAGCACCGAACUCUGGUAAGGAGGAAAACAUGGAGAUGAAAGUUUUAAAAAAGGUUAAAAAGACGAAAGCCCCUGUAUCUGGAAGAUCAUGUAUAAUGGUGGUUGGAACUUCAGGGACGGGAAAGACAACCCUGUUAAACCUCUAUACAGGAGCACAGGAGCUGACCGGUUCAGGGGCUCAAGGUGUAACCAACAGCACAGUUGUAGUUGAAGAUACUAAACAUUCCAAUGCUCCGCUUUGGAUGGAUAAUCCAGGUUGGUCAGAUCCUGGCGGUAAAUCUGACUCCCACGUGUUUAAAGAUCUUUUGCUUCAAAUGCAGACUCUGGGAAUCUAUAACCUAAAAGCUGUAAUAUGGUGUGUAUUUCCACAACUAAGAAUGGAUGCAACAUUGCAGGCCCAAGCUAAGUUUAUAGAUGAAUUUACUGUUGAAAGUGACGCCGGCAGAAUAUGGUCAAACGUUGUUGUAGUUGCCAAAGGAAAGGCCCAGAAAACUGUGGCUGAGGACUGCCAGGGGGCGUGUACAGCGGCUAAAAAGCUGUGGGUACAUGCAGAACCAGUUUGUCGGGGCUGGGAACUAGCUACUCCAGAAAUUGUGAAUGAAACAACUGAAAGGUUACGAAAGGAGACUUUAAGAUGUUACACUGAAGAAGAAAUAUUAGAAGAAUUAGAAACUGUGAUUAAACAAUUACCUCCUCCAGUUCAGGUUGUGUUUGCUAAUCAGCGCUGUCAAUCCUGUGGUCAGACUGGGGACCCUAGGCUAAUGGAGGAUAAAUGUCACAGGUAAUAAAUAUAUCUUUAUGGGACUUUUUAAUCAAAGGGUUGCAUGGCGGCUU